AUGCGACUGUUCAAGUCAUUUUCGGGAGGUUACGACAAGGUCACGGCGAUUGAUUGGUCUCCCGACGGAAAGUGGAUCGUGGCCGCAAACAAGGAUUUAACGGCCAGGAUUUACUCCCUGGAUUCCCUCAAAAUGUACAAGCCGGUGCGGCUGACUGGGCACAAGGAUGUGAUUGUAGGCGCGUUCUUCUAUGGAGGGGGCUCUGCCAUUAUGACUGGAGCUGGCCCGAACUUCAAACGGGCGGACGUGGCUCUGGGUUUAAGGGGGGUUCAGGGGGGACAGGAUGGGCUGGGGGAGGGCCCUGGGGGGGCGGAAAAGGCGCUGCGGAUAUACACGGUGUCGAAAGACGGCGCGCUGUUCUCGUGGUUCUUCGAUCCGCUGCACAAGGGCUGGCGCAGGCGGAAGGGGAAGGGGCGCAGAGCGAGCAGGGGGGACCAGGGGGAUAAGGGGCUCAAAGUUUAUAAGAAGUCUACGGAGGGGGAAGGUGGGGAGGUGGUAGAUGAUGAGGGGGAGGAUGGGGAUGAUGAGGAGGGGAAUGAGGAGAAGGACGAGGAUGAGGAGGAUGAGGAGGAGAAGGACGAGGAUGAGGAGGAUGAGGAGGAGAAUGAGGAGGAGAAUGAGGAGGAGAAUGAGGGGAAGGAUGUGAAGAAAGAGAAAGGGAAGACGAAGGAAGGAGAAGAAAAGGAGGAGGAGGAGGAUGAGGAGGAGGAGGAGGAGGAGGAGGAGGAGGAGGAGGAGGAGGAGGAGGAGGAGGAGGAGGAGGAGGAGGAGGAGGAGGAGGAAGAGGAAGAGGAAGAGGAGGAGGAAGAGGACGAGGAAGAGGAGGAAGGGGCUGAGGUGGAGGCGGAUGGUGGAAUGGAAGAGAAAGCAGAAAAGGAUGACGAGGAAGACGAGGAUGAGGAGGAGGAAGAGGAGGAGGACAAAGAAGAGGAGGAAGAGGAGGCGGAGGCAGAGGGGGAGGAGGAACAGCCAAGAAAGAAAUCACGGCUGGUAGAAAAGGCACCCGCACCCACCCAUGUCCGCCGGGACUUCCGAUUGGACGAGGGCAAGUGGCGCCUGGAGGCGAAACAUUUCUUCAUGCUGCCCAAGGCGCGCCUCACCUCCUGCGACCUGCACAAGCCGACCAAUCUCCUCGUCGCCGGCUUCUCCUCGGGCAUCUUCGGGCUGUACCAGCUGCCCGAGUUCGCCACCCUGCACCUCAUGUCCAUCUCCCGCACCAAGAUCUCCUCCGUCUCGUUCAACGAAGCAGGGGACUGGGUGGCAGUGGGCUGUGCGCGCCUGGGGCAGCUCCUCGUAUGGGAGUGGCGCUCUGAGACCUAUGUGAUGAAGGUCCAGGGUCAUUUCUACGAUGUCAGUUGCGUUGCGUUCUCGCCGGACGGCACCCGUGUGGUAACCGGGUCGGACGAUGCCAAGGUGAAGGUCUGGAGCCUCGCGUCGGGGUUCUGCUUUGUAACGCUCGCGGAGCACACCGGUCCGGUAACCGCUGUCGCAUUUCUCCCGUCCGGCGGCGCAGGGUCGGCAGCGGCGGCGGCGGCGGGCGGCGCGGGCGGCGGCGGGGGCGGCGGGGCGGUGGUGAGUGCGUCCCUGGACGGCACGGUGCGGGCAUUCGACCUGCUGCGGUACCGCUGCUUCCGCACUCUCACCACGCCGCAGCCCGUGCAGUUUGCGUCGCUCGCCGUGCACCCCUCGGGCGAGGUGGUGUGUGCGGCGAGCCAGGAUGAUUUCCAGGUGUACGUGUGGAGCAUGCGGACGGGGCGGCUGUUGGACGUCUUAUCAGGGCACGAGGGGCCCGUGCACAGCCUCUCUUUCUCUCCUACGCAGGAACUGCUAGCGUCAGCAGCGUGGGACAGCACGUGUCGCCUGUGGGACGUGUUUGAAGCCAAGGGCGGCACAGAGCCCCUCCCCCACUCGCACGAGGUGCUCGCCCUCGCCUUCCGCCCGGACGGCCGCCAGCUGGCAACCGCCACGCUGGACGGCCACAUCCACCUGUGGGACCCCCUGGAGGGUGAGCUGCAGGGGAGUAUCGAGGGGCGGCGGGAUUUGGUCGGCGGGGCGGCGGCGGCGGGCGGCAAGGGCGGCAAGGCCGCGCGGGGGGCGCUGCGGCUGGGGGAUAAGAGCUUUCGGAGUUUGUGUUACUCGGCGGAUGGGUGUUUUUUGCUGGCUGCUGGGACAAGCCGAUACGUGUGCCUUUAUGACGUGGCCGAGAUGCUGCUGCUGCGGCGCUACCUCAUAACGAGCAACAAGUCUCUCUCAGGCGCCAUGGACUCACUCAACCCGCACCGCAUGACAGACGCGGGCCCGCUCGACAUCCUCGAUAUAAGCGACUCCGAUUUGGACGACAACGACCUCGAUGACUCGCACCACCAGCGCCGCCACACGCUGCUCGGCGCCGACCUCCCCGGGGCGGCGAGAAACGGCAGCCAGCGCCGCCCGGAGAUCCGCGUGAAGGCAAUCCAAUUCUCGCCGACCGGGCAGUCCUGGGCGGCGGCGACAACCGAAGGGCUCGUAGUGUUUGGGUUGGAUGAAGGGGUUGUGUUCGAUCCAUCGGAUCUAGACAUGGAUGUUACACCGGCGGCUGUAGCGGCUGCUACAGCCGCUGGGCUGCAUGCGAGGGCGAUACAGAUGGCGCUGCGGCUGAAUGAGACGAAGCUGCUACAGGACGCGAUGAUGGCGGUGCCGCCCGAGCGGCUGGGUGGUACAGUGUCGGCCCUGCCAAGGAAGCGGCUGGGGAAGGUGGUGGCAGCGGUGGCGGCUAUGCUGGAAGGGCGGCCUGAGCUGGAAUACGUGCUGCUGUGGUGCAAGGAGUUGGUGCUGCAACACGGCAAGGCACUUGCCCUGCCGCCUGGCACGCCAGGGCGGGCGGCGCUGCGGCCGCCCAUGCAAGCGCUGUCACGGGCGCUGACCCAGAUGCACGAUGACCUGGCGCUCUCUGCCUCGUCCAAUCAGCACCUCCUGCAGUACCUCGACUCGCUGCCCGCUCCCCCCGUUCCCACCACGACUACAUGA